CCGGUGCAUGGAUGGGAGUGGCGGUGGCACCGUUCACACCAGCAGCCAGUGAGCGGAACAUUUGUAAUCUGUUGUCACAGAGCUGCGGUGCCAUUGGUUUGUGCCGGGAGUGAGCGAGGGAAGGCUGGGAAGGUCCCGGGCUGAGUCUCCGCGAUGCGCCGCUCUCUCAACGCUUAACGCUCACCCCGACUCAACUUAACCCAGUCCCAUCCGCAGCCUGCUCGCUCACAUCUCUCCAUUUUUUUUUAUCAUGUCUUUUUUUCGGUCAAUUUGGUCACCGAGGCGCCUCUUGAAGGACGAAUGACUCCACCGGCUCACCUCAUGAUUUCAUUCUGCUGAAAGCUCCUGCCGAGGCACAACAGUUUUCUUCAUGGCGUCUCCUCAACAAUCAAGAAUUCAGUCGUAUCUAGAAAGGAAUAAAAUCGGACCCCUGUUUGAGGAGUUGAUGACCAAAUUGAUAACUGAGACUCCAGACCAUCCAAUCCCUUUUCUCAUUGAUCACCUGCAGACCAAGCAAGACAGCCCUGGCAAGUUGCACAGAGCUCUCUCUGGCUCGGCAGCGCUGUGGGCACAGAGCUCCCCAGAAAACAAAAACACUCGAAGGGACAACAGCAACUUUGAGAAGCCGUGGCAAAUUCACCCGAAGAAACCAAAAAAGUCAAAGAGCGACCUGGCAGUUUCCAGCAUCUCUCCCCCAUCACCAGAAUCCAAGUCUCUGCCGCGGUCAAUCGAGUACCCGUCCUGGGACUGGAGGGAGAGCCGGGACUUUGAUGAGCUCAACCACAUUUUGCAGGAGAGCAAGAAGCUCGGGAAGGCUCUGGAGAGCCUGUCGCGCAGCAUUGCCAUCUCAGACGAGCUUGACCAGAACUGCUAUGGCUACAACUCGCUUAUGCGCCCUCGGGUGGUGGGGGAGUGGGCUGGACGGGAAGAAGACGACGCCGACCCCCUGGCUGCGGAGAUGCUGCAUCCCCCCGUCCCCCGGUCCAAAACUGAAGUGUGCUGGAGCAGAGACAACAGCCCGGCAGGGAGCCUGAAGAUGGAAACAAAGAGUAAAGGGCUCAAGGAGCAGCAGCAGCAUCACAAGAAGCUCUUGGCAGCCAUGUUGUCCCAGGACUCCUUUGAUUCACUCAACAGCCCCGCCCCCUCCGUUGCAGAGGAAGAGAUUGAGGACGAGGACGAUGCCAUGGAGCUUCUGGAGGACCUGGAUGACCUGCGUAUGGAGGGCGUGACGGGGCUGGCUCCAUCCGGCAGUAAGUUCAGCCAAGGCCGCAGCUCCUAUCAGGCUGAACCACAGGCCAAAGUCACACUCAACAUCUGCUCUCGGUGUGCCAGGUUGCAGGGCGACACGCUAUCAGACAGCCGAUCUGAAGAGGAGCGCAGGCCUCACAUAUCUGAACAGGCUGUACCUGACAUCUCCUCGCCACUGCCCGGGGUGGACAUGGUGACGGGUCGGCUGCUGGAAUGCGAGGCCUUAUCUCAAGUGUCAGCCUCUCGUCAGGCUGUCUGGGAGGCUGACUUGAAGGCUGUGAGAGGUGGGAGCUCUGUUGGGCAGACGGGCCUGCUACUGGGCGACUCCCUCUUCUCUAAAGAGCUGGAGAGCAUGGGCAAACAGCUCGCGGAGGUUGAGAAGGACCUGGCCAAGCUGGCAGAAGUAGGGAAGAUGACCACUCGGACCUCCAAUAACCCGCACGGUAGUCUCCUCCACUCCCCCCUGCACCACAGAGCGCUGCCGGACACGCUUCCUCUCGCCAGCCUCGUCUCCAGGCCCCAGUCUCCCGCCGGCGGCCUCUCCGGCAAGCCCUGCGGCAUCGGCCUCCCUCUGCUCAGCCCCAAGCCCAGCUCCACAAACCUGGGCUGGACUAAAUCUCCCAGCAACCCGGGGAGCAGGACUCAAACCCCGAGAACGCCCAGCAGGCCGCUGACCCCGAAUAGCUUGCUGACACGCUCCACUUAUAACCCCGGAUCUCAUAAAGAGGUGACAUUCAGGAGGUCACGGAGCCGCCCUGUGACGCCCACAAGUCAGCCAAUACUUCCCCGACCGCUGCUCACCCCUCCAGGACUAAGCACCACAGACAGCCUCGGGGCCAGCCUUCGGGCGUAUCUUUCUGAGGACGAGUUUUACCAGCAGUUGCAGGCCAUCAGACAACCUUGGCAUAUUCCCAGUGACACAGACAGUGACAUCCUGGAGCCUCCCGAACAGGAUAAGAGCGGUUCACAAGAUGCCAGUAAGAGAUCUGUGUUUUCAGGCCUAUAGUGAUGAAGACCAGAGACACUGAUCCAAUUAAACUAUUAUGCAAACCACUGGACAUUUUCAGUAUGUACACAGAGACAAUUAUUUUUUAUAAACCAUAUGAAUGAAAAAAAAAAAAAGAUUGUAUACUUUUUCACAGAUAUUUCAUAGAAUUGUACUGUAACUCUAUGAUAAAAUGAGAAGAUUAUUAUUUGAGAAUGUGGAAUAUGCCAUCUAUUUUUGUUUGCUCCAAAGCAUGCUAUUGAACUUCUACAUGGAGUCUUACAAGACAGAUGCAUUUUACUGGUGACAGACUCGUUUUUUAGGCCUAGUGGAUAUUCACAUUGUGAGGACAACACACCGAUAUUGACAAAGUGAUUAUUGACACGCACUGUUGAAAAGUUGGUGUUUAUCCGAUAGCAAAUAGGCAAGUUGUAGAGAGAAUACAUGGAAUGCUGUUUUUGUUCAUUAAAAUAAU